GCUAUGAUUACUGUAGGCUAAUACAAUAACGCACAACUGUACUCCUCAAACUCUUAAAUUGUGUAUAUCGUGCAUUGCCUUGAGUUGUAACAGCGGGGAUAACUGUUUUGGCCCUCUGACGUCACGUUCAUUCCCACAAUGCCAUAGUAACACGACUGCGCACUCGCUCUCGUGGACGCGCACCAACAGACAGCCCAUCACACACAGAGCAAACAUGGCGGGUGCCUCCGACCCUCUGGAAGACAUGCUGUUCUCCGAGGUGGACGAGAAAGCCGUGAGCGAUCUGGUGGGCUCACUGGAGUCUCAGCUGGUGGGUCAGAGCGAUCCGGCCAUUGCACCGCCUGAAAGCACACACCCGGGCUGCGAGAACACACACCCGAGCAGCGCAAAGCAGCAGCAGCAGACAGGAGGGAAAGCGCAACUGCCAGCCCGUGUAGACACUCCAUCAGAACCACAACAACAACAACCACAGCAGCAGCACGGGCGUAAAGCUGCAGGCAAACCGGAUUCUGACUCGAAAAAACCCGGCGGGGAUGCGCGUGCCAAAGCCGAGGAUAAGGAGAGCAUCCUAAAAUCACAUGUCAACACCAUCGCGAUCACUACAACGGCAGCAUCAUCUGACGGAGUACCAGCUCCUGUGCCGGGCAACAAAGGUGAGAUCCCGAGGGACACUCGUAAAAAACAUCCUGGGAGUUCUCGCGCGCAGCGCUCCGCAGCAUCACACAGUCUCAAUGGCAACGGAGUAAGCGCAGCAUCAGCAUCAUCAUCCAGCGGCUCUGGCUCUCCGGCACCCAGCAGCGGACCCGCUGUGACCCCGAACAGCACGAUUUUCACCGUGUCUAGCAACCCUCAAGCGAUCGCGUUGGACCGCGGGACGCCCACUAUCGCUCUGCAACGACUCCCGCGGCACAUCAUCGCCAGCAUCGCGCAGAAUGGAAACGGCACCUCCGUGUCCGCGCUGGUCCAGCAGGGCGCUCAGAUAGGAGCGACGGGCGCUGGGGUGAACCACAGCAAACCAGCGGACGCGCCCGGGAAUAACGCCAAACCAGCGGCGAAUUCGGUCACUCCGGCGACUCCAAACGCGCCUGUCAAACCCGCGGUCAGUGCGCCUCCGGUGACCCCGCUGAUCAGACCCGCGCAGACGCAGCCGCGUCCCGCUCCACCUGCGCAGCAGAAGAUCGUAACACCGCAGCUGAUAGUCAGACCGCCACAACAGCAAACUACCAUACAACUGCCACCUGGAUUCACCAUCCCAUCAGGUAUGGUUCUGGUCCGGACAGAGAUGGGUCAGCUGGUCAUGGUUCCUCAGCAGGCGUUGGCUCAAGCCCAGAACAGCGUCUCACCACGAGCCUCCACUCCCACAGGUGGAGCCACCUUCAGGGUGACCACACCACAGUCUCCUGUCAGCACUCAGGCGAUUCGACCCGCCCCUGUCGCUCAAACUAAAAUGGUCACGUCCAGUUCUCCCAGCACUAUGGUCCAGACCAGCACCUCAACCAGUCAUGCUAAGGCCCCCGUGGCAGCCGCCGUGACAGUGACAGCUCCCCAGCAGGUCCAGCCAGCCUUGGGCCCCCAGGGGUCCCUCACUCAGAUGCCACUGGCCCCUCAGAGCGCGCCCUCUCCGGCCCCCGGAGCCCCGGUUGUCUCCCAGGAGAUGCAGGAGAACGUGAAGAAAUGCAAGAACUUCUUGGCGACGUUGAUCAAAUUGGCUUCCCACAAUUCCCCUUCCCCAGAGACGUCCAAGAACGUGAAGGCGCUGGUACAGGACCUACUGGAUGCAAAGAUCGAUCCUGAGGAGUUCACCAGCCGUCUCCAGUCUGAACUGAAGUCAUCGCCACAGCCUUACCUGGUCCCUUUUCUGAAGAAAAGUCUGCCUGCGUUGCGUCUGUCUCUUCUGAACAGUCAGCAGUCUCUUGUACAGCCAAACAAAACCAGCGUGUCUCCGGUCCAGACGAGCAUCAAUGUGCGUCCACAGCAACCCAACAGCACCGGUCUACUACAACCAGGCAUUAAGAGGGCAACGGGUCCUGGAGCUCAGAUACGAAUGCCUGUGGUUGUCACACACACGGUGCGGACGACAGGGACUUUAGGGAAGCCAUCAGCCAUCCAGGCGGGCAAAGGUCCCGCGGGCAUCACCGUACAGCUCUCAGGAAAUCAGAAGAACAAGCUGAAUGACCCCGGGGGAGGCUCAUUCAGGGAUGAUGAUGAUAUCAAUGAUGUGGCGUCUAUGGCUGGAGUAAACCUGAAUGAAGAAAGCGCUCGUAUCCUGGCCACCAACUCUGAGCUGGUGGGAACUCACAUCCGGUCCUGUAAAGAUGAGACCUUUCUGCCCACAGGUCUGUUACAUCGACGGAUACUAGAGACAGCUAAGAAGUUUGGAGUGACAGAAGUAGCGCUGGAGGCGGUAAACUUCAUUUCUCACGCUACCCAGUCCAGAUUACGAACGGUACUGGAGAAAGUUUCGUCCAUCGCCCAGCACAGAAUGGACUCGUGUAAGGAGGAUGAGUGGCACGAGCAGUCGUCUGAGGUUCGAACUCAGCUGAAGUUUUUCGAGCAGUUGGAGCGAAUGGAGAAACAAAGGAAGGACGAGAGAGAACGAGAAAUUCUCCUCAGAGCGGCGAAGAGUCGCUCGCGGCAAGAAGACCCAGAACAGGCCCGUCUGAAGCAGAAGGCAAAGGAGAUGCAGCAACAGGAACUCGCUCAAAUGAGACAGCGAGAUGCCAAUCUGACAGCGCUCGCCGCCAUCGGCCCUCGCAAGAAACGAAAGGUGGACUCACCCGGUGCUACAACAACAGGCGCUGAGGUGUCGGGAAGUUCGUCGUGUUCUCCGGCCGGAUCAUCGGCUGCCUCCAGUUCUUCGCGACAGUAUUCCCGACAGAGAAUAACACGCGUCAACCUCAGGGACUUCAUAUUCUACAUGGAGCAGGAGAGAGAGACGAGUCGAUCGCUUCUGCUCUACCGUGCCCUCCUCAAGUAGCUAACACUUAACUAACUCAUAACACUACAAACAAACCGUACAGACGUUCAGCCGACGAUUGACUUCCUUCCAGCCGUGCCUUCAGCUCGCUUAACCCUCUGUGUCUGUGAUGUUGUGAAGUCAUCAUCGCUUUGAUAGCAAACUCAAAAAUGGAAAAAACCAAGACGUCCACCAUGUUUUCACUGUUACGUGAUUAAAUGCAUUUAUCGUGUUCAUGAUAGUGAAUCUUAAGCUAAGCUAAUGUCGGGCUUUGAGCCAUAUGGGAAGGCUUUUUGUUUUAUUCAUUUCGUGAAUUCAUUUCACUGCAAAAAAUCUUUUACUUUAUUUGUUGUCUUGUUUUAAGCAAAAAAAAUUCUUUUUUAUGGCCCCUUUGCACAUUUUUAUUUAUUUUUAACAUAUAUUUUUAAAUGCAUCACACUACAUUUUGUUUCAUUUUUUGUUCAAAUAAAAAUAAAAAUGACAAUUUGGUAAUGCGGUAAAAAAAAAAAAACUUGUUUUCUGUGAAAAACAAAUCUUGCUAUCUGACACAUUUUGCUUCUCUUGUUUUAAGAUUUAUUUGAAAAGAUUUUUUGCAGUGAUGCUCAGAGACGCUAUUCAUAUAUUCAACACAGAGCGCUUACAAUGAACGAUCUUUAAGAUGAAGUGAUCAAUGUACUUUUGUUUUUGUUUUGUUCGUUGUUUCUAAACUUUAUGCAGAAUUUUUUUUUACGUGAUCAUCCGUGUCCAACCAAUUCACAGUAUUUAAAACCCUAUAAAAGUUGAAUGAAUCGACUGAAAUCUUUUAUCGAAGAAACCUUUUAUGAGUGAGGCUUCAAUGUAAAUAGAUUUUAUGAUGAAUAUUGUUUCUAACAGCAUGUAUAAAUGAUUUCCACAUGAUAUUUUAGCAGCUAAAUAACAUUUUAAAAUCAUGUAACAAAGAAUGAAAUAUUCCCUUUAAUUUAUCAUAAUGCAUCUUAUCUUUCAUUGUGUUUUUGUAACAUUUUAUAUGUACACAUGAGAAACAUUUAUUCUGUGUUUUUUAGAAACAGGCCAGCAGUGAUCCGAGUUACAGCAAUACGAGCACCGAAACACAUCGCAUUAUCUUCAACGUGAUUUUUAUUUGUCUAAGUCCAUUUGCAAUUCACAUCACAUUUUUAAGUGCAGGAUAAGUCAGAGAUGUGGACAGGGAUUUGAUUUUAUCCAUCAUGAUUUGAUUCGAUUUUUAAAAGUGGGUGUUUAGUAUAUCACAAUGAAACCAAAUGUAAAUGUUUCGUAAAACAUUCCCAGACACUUAAAUACAUUUAAAGGGGGCAUAUCAUGAAAAUCUGACUUUUUCCAUAAGCGCUAUAAUUGGGUCCCCAGUGCUUCUAUUAAUCUAGAUAAUGUGAAAAAUAACAACCUAUUUACUUUUGUUUAUCAAAACUUUCUCUGCAAGCAUGUGGAAAAAU